AUGCGUCAGCAGUCAGGUAGGAAUAUAUCGAACGUCACAACGGAACGGAAAUCAUCUGACAAUGCACUGUUUCAGCUGCCGUCUCUUCCAACGUGGCGGACACCUCGAAUUAAGACCCAACAGGAUCAUACGGGAGAUCUCUCGACAAGCCAGCACUACAAGAACAGCUUUACCACCCCUUUAAGAAAACCUUCAUCUCUCUUAUUAUAUCACUCUCAGCAGAUAGAACCACUACCGGAAGACAAUAGAGCUGUCACAAAUGCAGGAAGCGCACGUUUGGAGUAUGCCGAUCUCCCAGAGAGAGUAUCACAGAAUUCUGAUACUGAAUACGAUUAUAGCUGCCUCUCUGAUAAGCCGCUACUCUGUCAGAGCAAGGCAGACUGUUAUUUGCAUUCUGAAAGGGCUGCCCAUUGUCUCGUAUUUCAUAAGGACGGACAUCCCAAAGGCAUCGACAGCCACUGCAGGCCUGAUCUUAACAUAACCUGCGGUGAGAUGGACAAGCCCACGACCGGAGACGAAGAUUAUAGCGACAGCAUAUUGCUACAUGUGCCUGGAUGCACGAAGCAAGACAUGGAUUUUCUGCUUAAGAGAGAUUACAUGUCCCAAAGACCCAACAUUCGCAGAAUUGAUGAAAUACUGAACCACGAGGCUAACGCCCUGAGUAGGUUUUGGAACGAUUCUGAGCUUACAAAGACCCUCGACAGAAAUCAUCUGCACGAGCAAUAUCUGAUCCUGCAGCAAGAGCGUAAAGAGCUUGAUCUGGUGAAGGCCAGUUUACAGCCCGACACCGCUAAGAUUCUGAAGAAUAAGUGGUCCAAACUGCACUGCGAUUAA